AUGGAGAAAGAAGAAAAGAAAUUUGUCAAUAAAGCAGAGGAAGAUGAGAUGGAGAUCUAUGGCUAUGAUCUAUGUCGCUGGAAAUUGGUGCUAGUUACUGUAGGAGUGAUCUGUUCUGGUGGCUUGCUUCUCCUCCUCCUCUACUGGAUGCCUCAGUGGCGUGUGAAAGCAACAUGCAAAAGGACUACGCUUAAAGACUGUGAAGUGGUUCUGCUGAGAACAACUGAUGAAUUCAAGAUAUGGUUUUGUGCAAAGGUUUGCAUUACGCCUUCUUUGGGAGCCAAUCCUUUACAGAAUCCUAACCCUAUUGUACACAAGGUUUCAAAUGGCCAUGCUGUUCAUUUCUCUGAAUCUGCUCCAGAAGAGAAUAAAAAUUAUUUGAAAAAAUAUUUGCCU